AUGGCCAAACGCAACAUUCUCCUUAUGAUCGCCGACGAUCUCGGCAAACAACUAGGCUGCUAUGGAAAUACCAAGAUCCAAACGCCGAAUCUGGAUCAACUCGCCUCUGAAGGAACCAGAUUCGAUCAAGCAUUCACAUCCACUGCAUCUUGCAGUGCUAGUCGCUCGGUCAUUUAUACUGGAUUGCACACGCACCAGAAUGGACAGUACGGGCUUCACAAUGGUCGUCAUCACUUCACGACUUUUGAUCACGUGGAGACUGCACCGUCUCUUUUCUCGAAGCAUGGGUAUGCCACUGGGUUAAUUGGCAAGGUCCAUGUUGGUCCUGCAGAGGUGUAUCCAUGGGAUAUGCGAGCCGAAAGCGAUAGUCGGGAUGUUGCAGCUGUUGCAGAUCAGGCAUCUACAUUUUUCCAAACGUCCCGAGAUGAAGAGAAACCAUUCUUUUUGACGAUUGGAUUUAUCGAUCCUCAUCGUGACUGGACUCGGUCCGGGUUCGGGAAUGAUGGUCAAUAUGAUCGCGUCAAGAAGGUGAAUUACACACCUGAGGAAGUGGAGGUUCCGCAUUUCGUGAACGAUCUCCCUGGUGUGCGGUACGAGUUCGCGGAAUAUUAUAAGUCUAUUUCAAGACUGGAUCAGGGGGUUGGCAUGGUGAUGGACGGAUUGAAGCAGUCCGGACUGGCGGAUGAUACAUUGAUGAUUUUCCUGAGUGACAAUGGGCCUCCAUUCAUCAAUUCCAAAACAACACUAUACGAUGCUGGUGUCAGUUUGCCUAUGAUUGUGAAAUGCCCUGGAUCUGCUGCCGGUGUCGUUAACCCGAAUAUGGUCUCAUAUAUCGACAUUCUGCCGACUCUGCUUGAAUAUGCAAAGCACCCGAGCCCCAAUCAUCCAGCCCGGAUAGGAAGAUCAUUCCUUCCAGUUCUCGCUGAGACAUCAGCCCUGGAUGAUUGGAGCCAGAUCUUCGGAUCACACACAUUCCACGAAGUCACCAACUACUGGCCCACGCGCAUGAUGCGUAAUCGCCGCUACAAGUAUCACCGCAAUAUUGCGUGGAGGCUUGAUUUUCCCUUCGCGGCGGAUAUAUAUGGCUCACUUACGUGGGAGGAGAUUCGGAAUGCGGAUACCAGUCCGAAGAUGAUUGGGUCGAGGUUGUUGAAGGAUUACUUCUUCCGUCCUGCUGAGGAACUGUACGAUAUCAACGAUGAUCCUAAUGAGGUUCGCAAUUUAGCGAAGGAUCCUGAGUAUCAGUCUGUUCUCGAAGAGAUGAGAACAGCGUUGGAGAAAUGGCAGCGCAGAACUGAAGAUGCUUGGUUAUAUCGGGAUGGUGUUUCCUUGCUCUUCGUUAGGCAUCAUCUUGAGGCUGGGUUGGAGGUUCCUGAUCGUUUGGACUUUGAUGUUGCCGUUCCAGAGAGCAAGGGACAAUCUAAGCUUUCUGGUGAUUUGGGAUGGGGUGUUGCUGCAGACAAAUGA